AUGUCUGUUCCAAGCCAACACUGUUCUAUUAUUAUUAACCCUCCUCCACCAGAAUAUAUAAAUAACAAAAAAAGCGGUUGUCAAACAAACCAACUUCAGUACUUACAGAGGGUGGUCAUGAAAGCCAUGUGGAGACACAACUUUUCCUGGCCGUUUCAUCAGCCUGUAGAUGCAGCAGCACUGAAUCUUCCUGAUUAUUACAGUAUUAUAAAGAAACCUAUGGACUUGAGCACUAUUAAAAAGCGUCUGGAACACAAUUACUACACAAAAGCUGCGGAAUGCAUUGAAGACUUUAAAACAAUGUUCUUGAACUGCUACAUAUAUAACAAGCCUGGUGAUGACGUUGUGUUUAUGGCCCAAGAACUAGAAAAAGUGUUUGUGCAGAAAAUAGCCCAAAUGCCACCGGAAGAAAGACGAGUGAUUCUCAACAAAGGAAAGAGAAAAGGAAAGAAGCCAGAAGAAACGCAGCAGCCCAACCCUGGGACUUCAAAUGAGCAGAGCACAAUGCAGAAACGAGCUGAAAGCAAUGAGCAGCCUCCAGUGACGACUCAAGAGCUACAUCAGGUUACACUAGCUCCUUUGUCUGCAGCUCGGCUGACUGCUUUAAUGCCAGCUGCAGUCCCUAUAACAAAAGCAAAAAAAGGUGUGAAAAGGAAGGCUGACACUACAACUCCUACUACUUCAAUAUUCACAGCAAGCGGUGAAACUUCUGCAAUGUUUAAUGAAAGAAAAGCUGUUAAAGCACACAGAGGUGAAAAUGAACGUAUGAUACCAAAUAAGCUUCUGAAGAGAUACUUGCCAGACUCUCAACAGUCACCCAAAAUUCUUAAAAAGAAUCAGUUGUCAGAACAACUAAAACAUUGUAAUGAAAUACUUAAAGAAAUGUUUUCAAAGAAACAUGCAGCAUAUUCGUGGCCUUUCUUAAAACCUCUAGAUGUUGCAUCUUCCUUGUUUGGUAAGAACCAAGGGAUCACCAAAUGCCCUACAGACCUGGGAACCAUUAAAAAGAAAAUGGAUAAUUUUGAAUAUAGAGAUAUACAAGAAUUUGCUACGGAUGUUAGAUUAAUGUUCAUGAGCUGCUACAAACAUAAUUCUCCAGACCAUGAAAUAGUUGCUAUGGCAAGAAAACUUCAGGAUGUCUUUGAAAUGCACUUUGCCAAAAUUCCCGAUGAACCUGUUGCAAGUGCUCCUCUGCCACAGCCUAAGAGAGAAAUGACAGAAGCUUAUUCCAGUGAGAGCAGUAUUGAUGAAUCUUCAGAAGAAAACUCAUCUGAAGACUCUGAACAGGAGAGAACAGUGCACCUUGCAAAGCUUCAGGAGCAACUUAAAGCUGUUCACCAGCAGUUGCAGGCUUUGACCAGAGCAUACUUACCUAGACUGAAAAAGAAAAAAGACAAGGCUAAAAGGGAGAAAAGUAAGAACAAGGAAAAAGCCAAAAUAAAAGGCCUGAUUCAAAAGACGAAAAACCUAAAACACAAGAACAAAUCUAAGAAAAAGCUGUCUUUAAACAUUCAAUCAAAGAAAACCAUGCAGAAGGUCUUGUUGGCACAUAAGCCAGAAGAUGAAGAUGGUGCUAAGCCUAUGAAUUAUGAUGAAAAAAGACAGUUGAGUUUGGACAUAAAUAAACUCCCUGGAGAUAAGCUUGGGAAAGUAGUCCAUAUAAUACAGUCAAGAGAACCUUCACUGAGGAACUCUAACCCUGAUGAAAUAGAAAUAGACUUUGAAACUUUAAAGGCUUCAACACUCAGAGAACUAGAGAAAUAUGUGGCAACCUGUUUGAGGAAGAGACCAAGAAAGCAGCGGGCUAAAAAACCAACAAAGUCAAAAGAACAACUUAACUCUGAGAGGAAACAAGAGCUAGAGAAGAGACUACUGGAUGUCAAUGGUCAACUAAACCCAAAGAAGGAGAACCUGGAAUCUGAAAACAAUGCUGAGUCCAGUAUUGGACCGAGCAGACUGAGUGACAGCAGCAACAGCAGCAGCUCCUCAGACUCUGGCAGCAGCACUAGCAGUGGUUCUAGCUCCUCAGAUAGCAGCGACUCCGAAUCGGGUAUAAUCUCGGCUGUAUCUGCUCUGCAUGAUGCUCCAGACCAGCAAACUCCUCAGAGUACUCCAAGGACAAAUCAGUCUUCUCUCACCCAGUGCACACAUGUUCUUCCAGAGGUAUCCAACACAACUUCCCAGGUUGACAGUGCUGAUUGGAGUAAACAAGCUGAGAAAACAAUACAGCUAGACAAAUCAAAUAAACUUCAAAACAAGGCCAGUGAGAGAACUGCUCAUUCAAUACCCAUAAGUCAAGAACAAAGUCACUGUACACCUAAUGGUAACAUGCUAGAGCCAAAAUCCAAAAUUCUUCCAGGAAAGGAUAUGGGAUUUAAGAAUAUCGAUUCCUGGGUAAGCUUAUGUAAAACGAUGAUGCUUCCAGCUCCAAUAAAAACAUCUGCUGAGAGCUUCAAACAGUUCAGGAAAGCAGCAUUAAAGAGGAGCGGACAAGCACAGGAGUUAAAAAGGGGCUGUGAAGGCACAGGAUUGGAUGCCAUGGCAGCAACUGACUGUGAGCCCCAAAAAGAGCAAAAGAGCAAACAAGUGCCCAAAGAUCAACAACAUACUCUUGUUCAAGACCGUGACUUGGCUAGAAAAAUGGAACAAGAGCGCAGGAGGAGAGAAGCAAUGGCUUGUACAAUUGAUAUGAAUCUGCAGAGUGAUAUUAUGGCAUCUUUUGAAGAAUAUCUUGAGUGA